UGAUUCUACUGAGUACUAUAAAGCUUUAUUGAUUAUAAGUCAUUGGGCAAAAGUUUUGGUAAAGCAUCAAAAUAUAACUAUGGUUCAUAUGAUCUGUGCUAUACUUGGUUGCGAAAUAAAUCAAAUAUUAAUUUUAAACUACCCGAAAGAUGCUUUAUCGAAAAGAUGGUGAAUGAAGAAGUAGUGGAAGGUAAUAAGAAGACUCAACCUGUAUUUAAAAGCCCAACUUUUCACGAUCAAUUUCGGCCAAUAAGUAAUACUGGGAAGAAAAGAACUUGGAGAUCUCUUAAGCAGGUUCUGGCACAGGAACGUAGUUUACCAUGGCCUGCUGAAGUAGUACAUUAUAGUGCUAUCAAUGCACCACCAAGUUUUAAACCUGCAAAGAAGUAUUCUGAUAUAUCUGGCCUGCCUGCACGGUAUACAGAUCCACAAACUAAGUUAUAUUAUGCAACUGCUGAAGAAUUUGCAACAGUUCGUAGCCUGCCAAUGGAUAUAACUGCCGGAUAUUUAGCGUUACGUGGUGCUUCUAGUAUCGUUGGUUAAGUAUUUUCAUUAAAUUGCAAGAAAUAUAUAUCGUACAUUUCUUAAUUGCAUG